AUGGACAGUCCUUCAAGCGAAGCUAGCGCUGACGAGUCGAGAGACUCCUCGUUAAGGGAGUUUUGCAUUCGAAGCGUUCAUUGUGGCUUGUUUAUAUCACCAAGCAAAGUAUCCAGCCCAUUCCGCUUUGUACAAUAUGAGACAGAAAAGCUGGGAACGGAUGGGACACUGCACAUGUGCGGAAAACGAUCGUGCCCAUGGGAAUAUCCUCGCGUCUACUGCGUCCACGAGACGUGCUUCCGCACAGCCUUCUUAGACCUGACACCGGAGCUCUUCGGCACAAGUCACCUGAUGUUCACUCCUCCGAUCAAAGUUCAGGCCAGUCGACGGUCCCACUUGAAGGCGCGACUAACGGAAACACUUUGCGAAGAAGCACUGCAAAACUUCCCGAUGGAGGUGUGCGGCAUGAUCGCUGAGCAUUUGAUUGUGGAGUAUGCCGCUGUUUCUUGCCAAAUGCGUUUCAUGGCGUCUCAGAAGCUUCCGAAAACAUCAGUGCUCAUUGAUCUGUCAGCUGAUAUUUUCGCGGGAUUCAUCAAGUAUGACGGUGGUCAAUAUGUACGUUCAUUGUACAAUGCAUGUGAACCGAUAUCCAAAGGUGAUAUCUGCAUAUACAAGGCUCAAGAGCGAGCAUCGUAUGUAGUCCAUGCUGGCUGGGACCAUCUCGGUGUUCGGCAAAUCGUGAUCGAGAACAGCGACAGAAGGAGAGAAUGGAAAGCACUAAUACAAGACAAGCAGCUUGGAGUGUGGUGGACAACUUUGAGCCGUGAAGGCGGCAUUCGGAAAUUCAAAGUCUGUCAUGAUGGUAUCAGAGUUCGAUGUCUGUUAUCAGAUCAUCAACAUCCAAUAAUCACUCCGAUUCGGGAAGCGCCUGGGCCCUCCUUCAAGGUCAUUGCUAUUUAUGGCGAUGAAAUGGAUGAACAGCUGGGAGGUCUUUCAAAGGUUAUCGCAUAG